AUGUCUUCAGAGGAAGAGCAACACAAGGAGAGUGAGUCUCUUCACACCCAGGACUCGUAUGCUCAGUCGAUCGAGUCUUUCCAGGCUGUGGCCGACGAUGAACAACAGAACUUGCAAUCGCAGUUGUCGCGCCACAUCACCAACAUCUUGUCGCAGGAUCAGGGCGCAGAGCGGAUCGAGUCGCUCGCCAGAGUUUUGUCGACCAAGACCAAGCGCCAGAUGAGCAAGUUCGAGGUCGACGCGCUGGACUUCGACCUUCGCGCGCUUUUGAACUAUCUGCGUUCCACCCAGGUGACCCAGGGCAUCGAGCCUGGUGACUCCGGUGUCGCGUUCCGCGGGCUCACUGCUGUGGGUAUCGAUGCGUCCGCCGCGUACGGGCCCAGCGUCGAGGAAAUGCUGCGGUCGUGGGUCCACUGGCCCGUGCGUUUCGGGCAUUGGGUCGCCCGCAAGAAGGACGAAAUCGCCCACAGAGACAUCAUCCGUAACUGUACCGGUGUCAUCGAGUCCGGAGAAAUGCUUUUCGUGGUUGGCCGGCCCGGUGCUGGUUGUUCCACGCUGUUGAAGUGUGUUUCCGGUGAAACGUCCGAGCUGGUGGAGGUCAAAGGUGAUUUCUCCUACGACGGGCUGGAUCAGGCGGAAAUGAUGUCGCGUUUCAAAGGCUACGUCAUCUACUGUCCCGAACUGGACGUGCAUUUCCCCAAGAUCACCGUCAAGGAAACCAUCGAUUUUGCCUUGAAAUGUAAGACUCCCCGUGUCAGAAUCGACCACAUGUCUAGACAACAGUACGUCGACUCCAUGAGGGACUUGUGGUGUACCGUGUUCGGUUUGAGACACACCUACGCAACUAAAGUCGGUAACGAUUUCGUGAGAGGUGUGUCUGGUGGUGAACGUAAGCGUGUUUCUUUGGUCGAAGCCUUGUCCAUGAACGGUUCUAUCUAUUCCUGGGAUAACGCCACGAGAGGUUUGGAUGCUUCUACUGCUUUGGAGUUUGCGCAAGCCAUUAGAACUGCCACAAACAUGUUGAACAACUCUGCAGUGGUUGCUAUUUAUCAGGCUGGUGAAAACAUUUAUGAGCUGUUUGAUAAAGCUACUGUUCUUUACAGUGGUAAGCAAAUCUAUUUCGGUCCUGCAGAAGAAGCCGUUGGCUACUUCGAAAGAAUGGGGUGGGUCAAGCCUUCAAGAAUGACAUCUGCCGAGUUUUUGACCUCUGUCACUGUCGAUUUCGAGAAUAGAACUUUGGAGAUCAAGCCAGGUUACGAAGAAAAAGUACCCAAAUCUAGUACAGAAUUUGAAGAGCACUGGUUGAACUCUCCAGAGUAUCAACGUUGUUUGGAUGACUAUGAGGAUUACUGUAACAGACAUCCUGCAGAAGAAACUAGACAACGCUUGGAAUUGGCCAAAAAUCAAAGACUACAAAAAGGUCAAAGAAAGAAGUCUCAAUUUGUGGUCAAUUUCUGGUCUCAAGUUUGGUAUUGUAUGAUUCGUGGUUUCCAAAGAACUAAAGGUGAUAUGACUUACACCAAAGUUUAUCUAUCCUCGUUUUUAAUUAAAGGUUUGGUUGUGGGUUCUAUGUUUCACAGAAUUGAUCCCAAGAGUCAGUCCACUACUGAAGGUGCCUACUCUCGUGGUGGUUUAUUGUUUUACGUGUUACUGUUCGCUGCUGUUACUUCUUUGGCUGAAAUUUCUCACUCUUUUGCCAACAGACCUAUUAUUGUGAAACACAAGUCUUAUUCCAUGUACCACAUGUCUGCUGAAGCUUUGCAAGAAAUUUUCACUGAAAUUCCAACCAAGCUCACUGCCAUUGUAAUGUUGUCGUUGGUGUCCUAUUGGAUUCCAUACCUGAAAUUCGAAGCUGGUGCUUUCUUCCAAUACAUGUUGUACUUGUUUACCACUCAGCAAUGUACCUCUUUCAUUUUCAAAUUGGUUGCCACUUUGACUAAGGAUGGUGGUACUGCACACGCCGUGGGUGGUCUAUGGGUUUUAAUGUUAUGUGUUUAUGCCGGUUUCGUGUUACCAAUUGGUCAAAUGCACCACUGGAUUAGAUGGUUUCACUACUUGAAUCCUUUGACCUACUCUUACGAGUCUUUGAUGUCAACCGAGUUCCAUGGAAGAGAAAUGCUUUGUAGUAAGUUGGUCCCAAGUGGUACAGGUUACGAAAAUGUAGCCUUGGCGAACCAAAUCUGUGACGCCCUAGGUGCCGUUAAGGGUUCCAAAUACGUCAACGGUGAUACUUACAUCUUGAAGAAGUACCACUUUGCAUACAAGCACGCCUGGAGAGAUUGGGGUGUUAACAUCGUUUGGACUUUUGGUUAUAUUGUUUUGAACGUUGUGAUGUCUGAAUACUUGAAGCCUGUCGAAGGUGGUGGUGAUCUGUUGUUAUACAAGAGAGGUCAUAUGCCAGAGUUUGGUUCCGAAUCUGCAGAUGCCAAGGUUGCCACUAGAGAAGAGAUGAUGGAAUCCUUGAACGGCCCUGGUGUCGAUUUGGAGAAAGUUAUCGCUGACAAAGAUGUUUUCACUUGGAAUCACUUGGAUUACACUAUUCCUUACGAUGGUGCCACUAGACAAUUGUUAUCUGAUGUUUUUGGUUAUGUUAAACCUGGUAAGAUGACUGCGCUAAUGGGUGAAUCUGGUGCUGGUAAAACCACUUUAUUGAACGUUUUGGCUCAAAGAAUUAACAUGGGUGUCAUUACAGGUGACAUGCUGGUUAACGCUAAACCCUUGCCCGCUUCAUUCAACAGAUCAUGUGGUUACGUAGCUCAAGCUGAUAACCAUAUGGCAGAGUUGUCUGUUAGAGAAUCCUUAAGAUUUGCAGCUGAAUUGAGACAGCCAAAAUCCGUUCCCAUUGAAGAAAAACAUGAGUAUGUCGAAAAGAUCAUUGCCUUACUUGGUAUGCAGAAUUAUGCGGAGGCCAUUGUUGGUAAGACAGGUAGAGGUUUGAAUGUUGAGCAAAGAAAGAAACUUUCCAUUGGUGUCGAAUUGGUCGCCAAACCUUCAUUGUUACUUUUCUUGGAUGAGCCUACAUCCGGUUUGGAUUCACAGUCUGCAUGGUCCAUUGUUCAGUUCAUGAGAGCUUUAGCCGACUCUGGUCAAUCCAUUCUAUGUACCAUUCACCAACCUUCUGCUACUUUGUUCGAACAAUUUGAUAGAUUACUAUUGUUGAAGAAGGGUGGUAAAAUGGUUUAUUUUGGAGAUAUCGGUAAGAAUUCACAAACUUUGUUGUCGUACUUCGAACGUCAAUCCGGUGUUAAGUGUGGCGAAGCUGAGAAUCCUGCAGAAUAUAUCCUGAAUUGUAUUGGUGCAGGUGCCACUGCAUCCGCUAAUGCUGACUGGCAUGAACUUUGGAAGGACUCGCCUGAAUGUGCGGCUGCUAGAGAAGAGGUUGAGGAAUUGCAUAGAGUUUUGCCUAGUAAACCGGUUAAGGACGACAAAGAAUUGGCGGGAAGAUAUGCCGCUCCAUAUUGGGAGCAAAUGAAAUGUGUUCUCUGGAGAACAUUUAUUCAGUUCUGGAGAUCACCUGUGUAUAUCAGAGCCAAGUUUUUGGAAUGUGUUUUCUGUGCGUUGUUUGUCGGUUUAUCUUACGUUGGUGUCAAUCAUUCGGUUGGAGGUGCUCAAGAAGCGUUCUCAUCUAUUUUCAUGAUGUUAUUGAUUUCCUUGGCUAUGAUCAACCAAUUGCACGUUUUCGCCUUUGACUCCAGAGAACUUUAUGAGGUUAGAGAAGCCUCUUCGAAUACUUUCCACUGGAGUGCACUUCUGUUGUCGCACACUUUUGUGGAAAUUGUUUGGUCGACUAUAUGUCAAUUCUUGUGUUACAUUUGUUACUACUGGCCUGCACAAUACUCUGGUAGAGCUUCUCAUGCUGGUUAUUUCUUCUUAAUUUGGGUAAUCAUGUUCCCAAUGUAUUUUGUCAGUUACGGUUUAUGGAUUCUUUACUUGUCUCCAGAUGUUCCUUCAGCUUCUAUGAUCAAUUCGAACUUGUUUGCUGCCAUGUUGCUGUUCUGUGGUAUUCUACAACCUAGGCAAAAAAUGCCCGGUUUCUGGAGAAGAUUCAUGUACAAUGUCUCUCCCUUCACAUAUGUUGUGCAAUCUCUAGUGACACCGCUUGUGCAUGGUAAGUCUGUAAUCUGUGAGCAACAUGAGUACAAUAUCAUGGAUCCACCUUCAGGCGAAACCUGUGGAACUUUCUUGGAAACUUACAUUUCCAAUAACAGUGGUUACUUGAGUAAUCCCAGCGCCACUGCGAAUUGUGAGUAUUGUCCAUACUCAGUACAGGAUCAAGUCGUGGAACAAUUCAAUGUCAAGUGGGCAUACAGAUGGAGAAACUUUGGGUUCUUGUGGGCAUACAUUAUCUUCAAUUUCUUCGCGAUGUUGGUUUGUUACUAUUACAUGAGAAUCAAAGUGUGGUCUUUGAAGUCGGUUUUGGAUUUCAAGAGCUGGUUCCAUGGUCCAAGAAAAGACAGACAUGAGAAGGAUACUACUAUUUUUGAAAAGAAACCAGGGGAUGAAGCCAAGGUUCAGAAGGCCUAA